UUCUUGAACAGCCAGCCAGCAGCAGCAGCAGCAGCAGCAGUCAACUCUCUCUGUCCUCUCUCUCAUUCUCUUAAGUUUUCUGGCUUCAGACCCUGAAACUCCCCGACAAAGGGGACGAUGAAAAUGAUGAGGGAGAAGAUCAAGAUCAAGAAGAUUGACAACUUGCCUGCAAGGCAAGUGACCUUCUCAAAGAGGAGGAGAGGGAUCUUCAAGAAAGCUGCAGAGUUAUCUGUUCUGUGUGAAUCUGAGGUGGCAGUUGUCAUCUUUUCUGCUACUGGCAAGCUUUUUGAUUAUUCAAGCUCAAGUAUGAAGGAUGUUAUUGAAAGGUAUCAAGCGCACAUAAAUGGUGCUGAAAAAUUUGACAACCCGUCUAUUGAGUUGCAGCCAGAGAAAGAAAACCACAUCAGAUUGAGCAAGGAACUUGAGGAGAAGAGCCGCCAGCUGAGGCAGAUGAAAGGAGAGGAUCUUGAAGAGCUGAAUUUUGAUGAGUUGCAGAAGUUAGAACAACUGGUGGAUGCAAGCCUUGGCCGUGUGAUUGAAACUAAGGAGGAACUGAUUAUGAGUGAGAUUAUGGCACUUGAAAGAAAGAGAGCUGAGCUUGUAGAAGCCAACAAACAGCUAAGGCAGAGGGUAAGCAACUACUACAAUCAUAUGCUAUCCAGAGGAAAUAUUGGACCUGCGCUUAUGGAGCCGGAGAGGUUGAAUAAUAAUAUUGGUGGUGGAGGAGAAGAAGAAGGCAUGUCAUCUGAAUCUGCUACCUCCACCACCUGCAACAGUGCUCCCAGUCUCUCUCUUGAAGAUGACUCCGACGACGUCACUUUAUCUCUCAAACUGGGGCUUCCAUAAUUUCUCUGGUUAAGAAGUGGAGGGUUGUGAUUGUGUGUAAGAUAAAUAAAGAAAAUCGAGAUAUUGUAAGAUAUCAAUGAUUGUGUGUGUGUCUUAACUCGAUACAAGAUUGAAAAAUAUUGAGGGGAAAGUAACUUUGUGUUGUAUCUAAACCUAUGUAUUUUAUGCAACCUGACAUAAUGCUCUUUGACUUGUAUUGUCUUUAGAACUCUGUAUCAAUGCAGCCUGCUUUGGAGACUCU